AUGAGUGAUCAACGAGAAGGUAUUAGCUCGAACGAAAUUCAUGACAAAUACAGUGAUGCUGUUGCGAAUGAAGAUGGGUGCUAUGAUGCAUUAUCACAAGAAAUGGGGGAAUCACCAGGGGGCACGAAGAUAUGGGUCCCUAAAGUUGAUARCAAUAUAUGUYCAAAGGUUGGUGACUUCUUUUCAUCGGUUGAGUCCGUAGAAAAUAUGUAUAGGAAAUACGACGAUGUUGCUGGGUUUGAUAUCCGGUUGGGAAGCAAAAAAUUGAACUCGUUGGGUGGAGUGCAAACCCGUUAUUUUGUUUGUAGUAGGGAGGGUAAUCCACCGAAAAAGGAAUUUGAUUCGUUAGAAGUUUCAUCAGGAGAGAGGAAAAGGCGUAAUACAAAUCUCAAACGUACCGGUUGUAAAGCUUGCCUUAAAGUACACUAUGUGAAAGAGAGUGGCCGAUACGAGGUCUAUCAUUUCAUAGAGGGUCAUAAUCAUAUGCUUUGUUGUUCGGAUGAGAAGAUGUUCACCCGUUCAAGACGCCAACUUGAUUACAAGGAUCGCAGGAAUGUUUAUCACGCAUCCAGCUCUAAAGUWGGWAUCACUCRGUCGYGCAGAAUGCAAUUGGCAAUGAACGGRGGUUUAGUAGCAUCUGGUGKGACAGCUAGGGAUCAUAUGAACUUUAGAAGAGACAUUAUGCUCUUCGUUGGUAACAAAGAUGCACAAAUGUUAAUAAACAAGAUGAGCAAACGRCGGGAACAUUGCYCUGAAUAUUUUUUUGAAUAUAAGUGUGAUGAGAAGGAGUUGAUUGCAAUAUUYUGGGCAGAUAAAACAGCGAGAAUGAAUUACAAACAUUUUGGAGACACCAUAUCAUUCGACGCUACAUUUCGGACAAACAAACAUGCAAUGAUUUUUGUUCCAUUUGUUGCAAUUGACAAUCACAAGAAGUCUGUUGUCGUCGGUGCAUCAUUGAUUAGAAAUGAAUCUGUCGUUAAUUUCACAUGGGUAUUGAAUGCGUUUAUGAAAGCGCAUGGUACUCAGCCACAGUUUGUAAUAACCGAUCAAUGUGCAACAAUGAAACAAGCGAUACCUAUAGUUUUUUCAAAAUCUACUCAUCGAUUGUGUAUGUGGCACAUAACCAAAAAAGUGAAGGAAAAGAUCCAUGAUCAUUUAGCCCAUGGAACCCCGUUCAAAAGCAAGUUCAACAAACUCGUAUGGAAUGUACACAUAAGUCRUGAAAGUUUUGAGGAUAAAUGGAAUGCGUUGAUGGAUGAGUAUGGCCUACGAGGGCACUCGUGGUUUGAAGAAAUGUAUGCAAUAAGAGAAUCUUGGAUUCCAGCCUAUUUCAAAGACUAUCCAAUGUCUGGUCUUAUGAGAACCACUUCCAGAACUACGAUACCAAAAUUGUUGUCACCAUCCAAAAUUGAAGCACAAGCAGCGAAAGUUUACACAAAAACAAUAUUUUUUGACGUGCAAAAGGAAAUGAACAAGACAGUAUGGUUUUGCGGGGUUGUGGAAGUAGUAGAGGUCGGUGAUAAGAUGAUAUACAGUAUUACACAUAAGAACAAGAAUUCUGAGGUUAAAGCUACGUACAAGGUGGUUCAUGAUGUAAGGGAUGAGUCUUUUGACUGUAGUUGCAACCAUUUUGUUCGCAAUGGUAUAUUAUGUCGCCAUGCAUUUAAGGUAAUGUUAAAUUCUGAGGUGCAAUCUAUUCCCGAGAAAUACAUAUUGCCGCGUUGGAGACGAGAGUUAGUUCCUAAUGAGUUGAUGCCGGCUCGGGUUAGGUACGGUGAAAUGGAUGUUGAGAAACAAGCUUUGAUCAACCAGGCUAUAUCAAUGUUUGAUCUUAUUAUUGGACGUGUACGUAAUGACAAAGGAGCGUUGACAGAGUUUGUGGAGCAAUUGGAACGUUUGGGUGAUGAAAUUUUGGUGGAUGUUCCAAUUUUGACAAGUACAGAGCAGAAAAGAAAUGAUAUUCAAGAGCUAUUAUGUGUUACAGAACCUGAAUCGGUAGACGUUCUACCACCAACAGGUGUACGUAAUAAAGGCUGUGGAACCCGAAAACGUCUUGUUGGUAUGUCAGAGAGGGUAUCCAUGAAUGCAUAG